UCAAAAAGAUUCAUUGAUUUUCAUCGGUCACUAAAAGGCAAAAUAUGGGCACAUUUUACGUUGCCUGCUCCAUGCGUGCACGGUUAACUUCACUAAAUUACUGAUAAACACGCGUCAAUUCAAACACUCAAAGAUGUAGUAUAGAUACUACUCAAGCGUGCGUUCUGCUCAUUCUUGGUUUCAGUUAACUUGUAUGAAAUCUAAAGUUUCUGAAAAAAUCGCAUGGAAAGGGCACUAAAGUUGAACCUGUCCUUAGUCUGGUGCCAUGUUUUCAUCCUACUUUUCCUUAUUGGCAAUACUAUAGGAGAUGGAAGGAAACUCAUCACCAAAGUGGAUAGGAACCCUGGAUUCAUAAGCAUUGAUUGUGGAUCGCCAAUUGAUUACUUUGAUGAAGAAACUAAUAUUUGGUAUCAGACCGACAAAAACUUUAUUGACACUGGUAAAAAUGCUAUGGUCCUCCCAAGCUCCAACACUGAUUAUCCUUAUUUUGGGGGACUUUUGAACACGUUGAGAAGUUUCCCAAAUGGAACAAGGAACUGCUAUACUCUCAAACCAAAACAAGGCAAGCACCAUACUUAUCUCAUCAGAGCUUACUUUGCAUAUGGAAAUUACGACGGCAACAACCAAACUCCAUCCUUUGACUUGUAUAUUGGCGUCAAUCGUUGGGAUACUUUUAACUGGGGUCGAAAAGAUUAUUACAUAACCGAGACCAUUCAUACUCCAACAACUGACACCAUACAUGUGUGCCUUGUAAAAACUGUCAUCGGAGUACCUUUCAUUUCUGCAUUGGAACUUCGUCCUCUCAGCAAUUCCAUCUAUCAAACUCCUUCGCCUUCUCAAUCACUUUUAAUCAGUCAAGGAAGAUUUGAUGUUGCCUCCACUAGCUUAGUCUGGCACAGCAGGUACAAAGAUGACAUUUACGAUCGUCUGUGGCGCUAUAUGAAUUCAUCAUAUCAGAUCAAUGGAUCUGUGGAUAUUGGUCCUGCAAGCAUGAACAGUUCUUAUAAAUUACCAGCAGAAGUACUGAAAUCGGCAGCCCGAUCGUUUAAUCUCUCCUAUGGAUUAAAUUUUGAGUAUAACUCUAUUUGGAAAAACCUUGACAAGUCUUCCCAGUAUUAUGUCUACUUUCACUUUCUUGAAAUUCAGAAACUUCCUCCUGGCCAAAAAAGAAUAAUCAAUAUUGAUGUUGAUGGUGAAAACAUCCUCUCCCAGCCAAUAAUUCUUGAAUACUUGAAGCCACAAACCAUUGUUCCUAAAAAUGCAACUCCUGGUUAUGUACGCUUUAACAUCAGUGCAGCCUCAAAAUCUGACGCGCCUCCAAUCCUCAAUGCUUUUGAGGUUUAUAAGUUCAUUUCUCCGCUUCCUUCCCCAACUGACAAAACAGAUGUGGAUGCUAUAAUGGGCGUCAAAAACACAUACAAGAUCUUCAAUUUAGACUGGCAAGGAGAUCCAUGUGUUCCAGAACUUGCUUGGGAUGGACUAAACUGUAGUUCUAGUUUCAAUGGCUACAACGCAAGGAUCACCUCAGUGAACUUAAGUGCGACAAAAUUGACAGGGCAAAUAGCUACUUCAUUUUCACAACUUUCAGAGCUGGAGUCACUAGAUUUGUCAUUUAAUAACUUGUCAGGAUCAGUACCAGAAUUUUUAGCAACAUUGCCAAAGCUAAGAGUCCUUAAUUUGAGUGGUAACAAGCUCACAGGUUCAAUUCCAAAGGCUAUUAUGGAAAAGUCAUAUGUAACUUUGCAAUUGAGUUUGGCGGAUAAUCCUGGUCUUUGUCUGGAGGAUUCGUGCAAAAGGUCAAAGUUAGUUAUUCCACUUGUUGCUUCAGUUUCUGCUUUGAUUGUAAUCUUCUUGGUUUCUUUAGGAAUAUGGAUCUUGAAAACCAAGAAAUUAAAAGUGGUUAUCAGUUUUUCUACAAAUGAAGAAUCCUUCCAAAAAAAUCGAGCUGUUUCUUACUCAAGAGUUCUUAGAAUCACUAAUAACUUGCAAAACUUAAUUGGAGAAGGAGGAUUUGGUAAGGUUUAUCAUGGCACUCUGAAGAAUAAUACUCAAGUUGCCGUGAAGUUGCUUUCUCAAUCAUCAAUGCAAGGUUUCAGAGAAUUUCGAUCUGAGGUUGAACUUUUAAUGGUUGUCCAUCAUAGACACUUGGUUUCUCUAAUUGGAUAUUGUGAAGAAGGGGGUGUGAGAGCACUGAUUUAUGAAUAUAUGGCUAACGGCAAUCUCCAACAACAUUUAUCAGAGGAUAACCCUGGUGUUUUGAAAUGGAAUGAGAGACUUCAAAUUGCUUUGGAUGCAGCACACGGAUUAGACUAUUUGCAUAAUGGUUGUAAGCCACCAAUAGUCCAUAGAGACUUAAAGACCUCAAAUAUUUUACUAAAUGAAAACAUGCAAGCCAAGAUUUCUGAUUUUGGACUGUCUCGAGCAUUUGCAAAUGACAUUGACACUCAUGUAUCAACUCGUCCUGCUGGUACAUUGGGUUACCUCGAUCCUGAAUUCCAAAGCUCUGGAAACUUAAACAAAAAGAGUGAUGUUUAUAGUUUUGGGAUAAUUCUGCUUGAGCUAAUCACUGGUCAACCGGCAAUAAGAAGAAAACAUGGAGCCAUUUGUCACAUUCUUCAUUGGGUUACUCCCCAACUUGAAAUGGGAGAUAUCCAAUCCAUCAUAGAUCCAAGGUUACAAGGAAAUUACAACACUAGUUCAGUUUGGAAACUUUUAGAGAUAGCCAUGUCUUGCACUCCACCGUCUGCAAUUCAAAGGCCUGACAUAAGCCAUAUAGUGGCGGAAUUAAAAGAAUGUCUGGCUCUUGAAGUAAACAUGGAAAGGUCUAAGAGCAAGAGGUCAAGCAUUUCCUUAGAUUGGAGUUCUUUUAGGGUUGAUUCUUCUGGGUUUAUUCCACAAGCUAGGUAGAUAGUUUAGAGUUUGAACUCAAUCGAACUCUCUAAGCUGAUAAUAAGGUUCACCGCUAUUUACAAUGUUGUUCCUUGGCCACUUUACAAAUGGCUCUGAAUGCACGACUUUUUGUGUAUUAGAAUGCUAUAUGCUGAACAAUUCAUGAUACCUUUUAGCAU